AUAUCACACGACUCGAGCUCACGUCGCUUCAGUACGAGGAAAGAAAACACAAGAGGCACGAUGAGCGCGUAGGAGUUCAGAGGAACCCGCGACGCAUCGACGCAGAACAGGCAUGUGUGUGAAGUGGAAAUAAUCACAGCUAGAGGAGCCAUGCUGGCCACCCAAACACCUGAGAGCGGCCCAGAAGCUAAAGAUGUUAAACAGUGGAUCAAGGGCAAGAUCGCACAUACAUUAAAAGCCCUGCAGAAGCGCUACAUCACCACAGACACGGCGGUCACCAGUGAGGAUCUAGAAGCAAACCUGCUGUGCUGUGCUUUGGAGGCGGUUUUCAUCCAUGGAAUCAAGAGUAAGUUCAUCCGAUCUGAUGGAGGUCAAGUGCGCAAAGGAGGAUCUCGAGGAGCGCUGCCUCAGCCAGUCUUCUGGGCUCUGUUGAAGACUGUCACCCACAGGGAUGUAGUUCAAGAACUGGAACGUCUAAGCUUCAUUAACUCUGAUGUGGGCCGCUGCAGAGCAUGGGUCCGGCUGGCGCUGAACGACGGGCUUCUGGAGUGUUACCUGACCUCGCUGCUUCGUGAAAACUCCAAAAUGAGCUCCUACUACCAGCCCGGGGCUCUUCUGCUGGACCCGGAGGACCGAGAGGUGAUUCUCACCCUACUGCAGGGCUUGGCUUCACUGACCUUCCAGCUUUCCUACAAAUCUGCUGUGCUCAAUGAAUGGACCAACACGCCGUUGGUCCUUGCAGGUCUUUGCCCUCCAACUCCUGCCGACGAGCAGCAUCUUGGUCCCAAACGCAAGGAGUCCUGGGAUACGGUGUCCCAGUCUUCCGGCGGCUCUGGAGGCUCGGAUUGGACUCCCGAAUCGCUCCAGAGGGAGACGAGGAGAGAUCAGAUUGAUGGCUGUGAUCCCAGCACUCCGCUGACCUCCUCAAACCUGAGUCUGGACACCGUGUCGGGGUCUUCGCAUCUGUCCUCCAGCCUGAGCUCUGACAGUCUGCUGCAAGGCCAGGAGCUCAGGAGCCCAGAGAAGGAGCGCUGGAGCUGCGACUCCGAGAUCAACCACAAUGAACAGCAGAAGAUCAUGGCUACAGAAGAGAGCCUGAUGAAGGAGGACAUUGAUGUGUUCAUACCAGCUCCAGACAAUCUGACUGACACGUAUUCUGUCAACGAGCACACGCACAUACCUGAUGCCUCACUGACAUCAGCACAGGACACGCAUCACUCGCACAUCACAGAGCAAUCUGUAGAGAACACAUCAGUGGAGACGAAAGAAGAAACAAUAGAAGAAUCUGAGAUUAUAGUUAAAAGCACAAGACUUAAAGCUAAAAAUACUGUGACGGAGACUGUGGAGAAGGAGAAGAAGAGAGAGAGCAGAGACUCGUCUGUUGAUCCUCCUUCAGUUUCUGCUUUAACAGAGACUAAGGAGUUGCCUGACCCUAAAGACACUGUUCUUCCAGAAAUGUCUGCUGCUCCUAGUCCAGUGGAAACACCUCAACAUGCUGCAUGCAGACGCACCACAAUGAGCGUCAGCAGGAAAAUAUCCACAGACUCGCUCUAUUCCUCCUGUAAAUCUACAUCUUGGAUCUCAGAGGAGGAUUUCCACAAACCCGAAGACUUGAGUAUUUCUGAAGCUUAUGCCAUCAUUGACGUCACUCCGAUGAACGGGCAGGUGUCUCCUGUGUGUGAAGCAGACGAGCUUCAGCCUCCUCCCAGUGUUGUGCACCGGAGACACAACGGUCUUCCUAACCCGUUCAGAGGUUUGCUAAAGCUGGGUCAGCUGGAGCGACGCAGCGCGGUGGGCAUGUGGUGGGAUUAUUACUGCGAGCUCUCGCCAUUUGAGCUGCGCCUUUACGUCAAUGCAGAGGAGCGCGUCUGCAACGAAAACCUGUCCCUGCUGCGCUGCGAGGACAUCCACCUGUACUCCAGCACCGAGGGCCGAUUUCGGCUCACCUUCCCUAACAAAAGAAUCUACCUGCGUGCGCCAUCUAAAGGAGAAGCGGAGGACUGGGUGGACCGAAUCACAGAGGCUGUCAACAAACUACGGCCCAUUAUGAGAGAUGAACAGUGGGAGGUGCUGCACACGUCCAGCGAUCAAGAAGUCACAUCUCCAGCUCCAUCAACACCUGAGCACACCAUCUCUGAGCUUCCAGAUCCUCCACAGUUAGAUUGGACUCGGCAUACAGACCCAGAACCAGACGCCAUAAAGGAGGCGGUGGUCUAUCAGAGCUUGGAGGAGAAGGGCUGGCGGUGUCUGGUGCUCUCACUCUCUCUCGAGAUCCUCAGAGGUUUCCAGGUCCGAGAAGACUCAAAGACACCACUUUUCUCACUCCCCAUUGGGAGCAUCCGGGAUGUGGUUCCUGAUGUUUCUCUGGGCAGUCCUGCGUUUUUUAAGGUUUUGACAGUGCGGGACACGCUGACGCUGAGGGCGGAGAGCGGUGAGGAGGCACGAGGGUGGAGGAGUCUGAUCAGAGGAGCGCUGGACUCCUAUCUGGAGACGGAGGAUGAUGGAGCGGGAGCCUCAGCUGCUGACGGUGCACAAGGAGGAGUCGUCCACAAGCUCGUCCAGCACAGACUAAAGGGAGACGGAGAGCUGCUGUUACACCUGUCUGUUGUGCCCAUCGAGAGAGGACUGGACGCACAGAAUUACAGAUGUGCAGGUUGCUCUCGUCAGAUCAGUGUGUCUCUGGGCAGAGGCAGACUGUGUGAGUUCUCCGGUCAGCAGUUCUGUGAUUCCUGCCAUCAAGGAGACAUGAGCAUCAUCCCCUCCCGCAUGCUGCACAACUGGGACCUGAAAACUCGCGAGGUCUCAAGACAAGCCUUUAAGCUGCUGACUCAAAUUGAGCACGAGCCGCUCCUGAACCUUGCUGUUCUGAAUCCUGAGCUGUUUGAACAUGCUGACAUCAUGGCUAAAGUGCAGAACCUCCGACAGAGACUUCGCUUUCUAGGAGAUUACGUUCUCCUCUGCCGCAGUGGCUUCAGCAAACAGAUCCAGCCCAGACUUCAGCAGAGGACAUACUUGUUGGAUAACAGUGACGUCUACAGUGUGUUAGACUUGCAGCAGAUAGCAGACGGCCACUACGAGUCUUACCUGCAGUCUUUGAUUCAGUUUGGCUCCAAGCAUGUGCACAACUGUGACCUUUGCACUCAGAGAGGCUUUAUAUGUCAGAUCUGCAAUGCCCCCGACAUCAUCUUCCCUUUCCAGUUUGACGUAACUUCCAGGUGUAACGUCUGCAAGACCGUCUUUCAUUCCUCCUGUAGGGCUCAGUGUCCGGUGUGUCCACGCUGCAUCCGGAAACAAAAAUACCUGGAGAGAGACUUGGAGGAAUCUUAGCUGUAAAAUAAAAACAUGAACGAUUGCUACAGAGCUUAAAAUACAGGGUUAGUAUCAGAUGUUAGAUAAAGAUAAAGAUAAAGGGUUCAGUUCACCCAAAAAUGUAAAACGUGUUCAUCGUUUACUCAGACUACGGUUACAGUCGCAAUACUGGAAUUCGGUACCAAACUAAAAUUUUAAAAACGUCCAUUUCCCACUAACAUUUGAGCGGAGAAAGUUCUAAAACACUGCUGAUUUGCCAUUGUGUUAACAUGCUCAACAGAAAUGACUGUGAUUAGCCGUGAAGGUCAUCAGGUCACCGAACUCACUGCUGUUUACUGCAUGUAAACACAGAUACAGGGACAGUGGAGUGUUUCAAAGUCACGUCGAUCAGCUGUAUUGUCUGUAAGCUGACAUUUGAGCGAUCCACUGAUGAAUCUGAUGACUUUAAAAUGCUCCAGUGUCCCUGUAUCUGUAGUAAACAGCGGUGAGUUCGGUGAACUGAUGACCUUCACGGCCAAUCACAGUCAUUUCUGUUGAGCACAUGAACACAAUGGCAAAUCAGUGCUGUUUAAAAAUGCACUCAACAGCGCUCAAAUGUUAGCGGGAAACGGAUGUUUUAAAAAUCUCAGUAUCAAUUGUUUCCGAAUUCCAGUAUGGUGGCAACCCUAAAUCAGACUCAAGUGGUUCUACACUUUUGUUUAGACACAAAACAAGAUAUUCUGAAGUAUCUGCCAUUGACUCCCAUUGUAGUUUUUGUUCAUACUGUGGAUGUCAAUGACUACGCUCUUCAGAAUAUCUAGUUUUGUGCUCAACAGAAGAAAGAAAUUGAAGUUUAGAAGCACUCGAGUGUAAGUAAACGAUGAGGACAUUUUCAUUUUUGUGUGAACUGCCCCUUUAAGUUAUCCGACAGUUCUCAGUAUCUGAACAACUGGAAGUGUUUGUGGAAAGUCCACCUUAAGUGCACUUAUUGACAGAUUCACAUGUUUAUUCCUCAAAUGAUGACCAACGAACACCUCUUCAACUGUUAUCAAAGCUAUCCUUUCUGCUUUUCAGCUUUAUGGACUUUAUAACCACUUUAUAACACUUAAGGGUUCAUUAAUGCAGUGCUAUAACUUAAAGGGAUAGUUCACCCAAAAAUACUUACACACACUCAAGUGGUUCCAAAUCUUACUGAGUUUUUUCUUCGGUUGAACACAAAAGAAGAUAUUUGGAAGAAAGCUGGAAACCGGUAACCAUUGACUUUCAUAGUAGGCAAAACUAAUUCUAAGGAUGUUAAUGGUUACAGGUUUUUAGCUUUCUUCAAAACAUCUGCUUUUGUGAAGCAGCACAGAAGAAGACAGGUUUAGAACUGCAGAAAAUGCUUUUGUUACUUGGAUAUUUUGUCUUGUUUCUAGUCCAAAUAUCUAUAAAUUCCUAAAUCAAGAAGAUUUUUCUAGACAAGCAAAACAUGUUGUCUUCAGAAAUAAUAUGCCAAUAUUAAGUGAGUUUUUUCUUAAAACAAGUAAAAUAAUCUGCCAAUGGGGUAAGCAAAAUAAUCUUACGUCAAAAGAAAAAACAAUAUUAAUUUGCUUAUCCCAUUGGCAGAUUAUUUUGCUUGUUUUAAGGAAAAACUCACCUAAUAUUGGCAUAUUAUUUCUCAAAACAAGACGAUAUGUUUUGCUUGUCUAGGAAAUGCUUCUUGAUAUAAGAAAAUUUAGAUAUUUAGACUAGAAACAAGACAAAAAAAUCUUAGCAAGAAAAGCAUUGCAGUGUUGGAUGAUGACAGAAUUUUCAUACCAAGGCUGUCAAUGACCACGUUCUUCAGAAUAUUCUGUUUUGUGUUCAACAGCAGACAGAAAUUGAAGUUUAGAAGCACUUGAGUGCGAGUAAACGAUGAGGACAUUUUCAUUUUUGUGUGAACUGCCCCUUUAAGAAUUGUGGGUGAACUAUCCCUCUAAAAGGAUCAUACGUAUAAUAUUUGCACGCAAGUAGCAAUUUAUGAGUCUUAUGUGCAGUUUCUGAUUGUGUUAUAAAGCAACUUUAGAAACAUUUAUUAACACUUGAAGGUGUUAUCAGUUCUCCGGGCUUCACAUGUUAUUCUAAGAGUUAUAAAUCAUAAGUGUUUUCUUGUUCUCUGUUUUUAUUUUGAGCAUGUCACGGCCAAGGGACUCAUAUUUAUGAAACGGAUGGCAAACAGAUGCCACGGAUCUUAUAACUUGUUUUUUUAUGAAUGUCUGCAGAUUUAUAUGACGUUUACAAAUCACUGUAUGCAUUAAUAAGCAUAUUCUUCUGGAUGCAGGAAUUGUUUAAUAGGAGUGUGGUUAAUGAAGUGACAAACAUGCACAAGCUCCUUCAACAGGUCAUUUUUCUAUUCUACUGUGCCUUUGUUUCAGUUUCCCUGUAGCAUUCAUUGUCACUGUAAUGGGUUGUGCCAAAAAUGUAACUAUUGUAAGCAAAUAUAAGUUAUUAAUGUUUUGCAUCAACUUCGGUUAUGUGCAAAGAAACCUUCUGACUAAAGGAUAAACUCUGUUUGAUUCCUGUAUUAACCAGUGUGUAUUUGUGUUUUGUGUUCGCUGAUGAAGGCUGAUUCUUUAGCACUUGUUUUAUAUCGGAAACUGAAUUGGGAGAGAUUCAUUUUUCUUCUUCUUGCUUUUUUUUUGUACUUUUUUUAACAAUGCGAUGUUUUAUGACAAGCUAAAUACAUCCCCUGUUGAUGAUAAA